AUGACAGAUAUUCAUUCUUAGCAGAAAAGCGUGUAAAAAGUACGAUUUAAUUCCAAAAUAGUAAGCAUAUAUUGAUGAUCUAUUCACAAAUGACAACGAACUUGAUGAGGAUAAGGAUAUAAUUAAAUAAUACAACACUGCUAAGAAAGAAAGAAAAACUAUUGAAGCCCAUAAGCAAUUGCUAGAUAAUAGAGUGGCAUUGUUGAAACAAGAGGAGAUCAGAACUUUAAAAAAGAUAGAGGAGACUCGAAAAAAGGCUUUGGAAAUUUACUAUCUUAAAAAAAAGAAUGAAGAAAAACUGAAAAAAGUAAAUCUACUUAAAUGAAUAUUUUAGAGAGAAGAAGAAAAAGAGCAGUUGUAGAAGAAAUAGGAACAAUAACAAUAAAUUCGAAAAUAGCAAGAGAGAGAACAUAAAUUAUUAAUUGAAAAACAUCGAAGUGAUAAAGUGCAAAAAGCAUUUAUAAUAAAAUAAUAAACCAAACAUAAUGAAGUUAGGAAAAUGAGUUCUCAAAAAUAAUCCUUAACAACUCUUAAACAAAAAAAUUAAAUAAUAAGAGAAUCAAGAGAUCUGAAUAGAGUGAAGGAAAGAAUUGUGUUGGAAAAAAGAGAAGCUAUAAGAGAAUAAUUAGGAAAGAAAUUAGUAUUUGAGCAAAAAUUAAAAGAUGGAAAAUAAAAAGGUAAAUAAUAAGCAAUUAUUUUAGAGAUUGAACAAAUAGAAACAUAUGAAAUGGAUUUACUAUAAAAGUUAUAAAACACUUAGUAAAUGUAAAAAACAGCCUUUGAAGAAUUAGAAUCAGCUUUAACUAUGACUGCUAAAGAAUUUGCAGAAAAGUACCUGCAACCAAAAUAAAAGGAGUAUUUAACAAAUAAUUAUUAUUAGAGAUCAAAAUAAGGAUCUUUCAAAUUUUAACACUGACGAAGAGGGAGGCUAACAACAUUAAGAUAGGCCACAUAUUGAUGAAUCCGAUAAGGAUUAAUCAUCUAAGAUAUCAAUUGAAUAGAUAAACGAGAUAAAUGAACCAAAUCUUUAGAAUUAUAUAAAUAAAGAUGACAAUGGUGAUUAAAAUGAUAACUAAAAUCAAGAUAAAAAGGAAUCUGACUCUAGAUAAGAUGAUUAGAAUAAUCAAUAAUCUUUUCAUCAAGAAGAAGGAAAUUAAAAUUAACAGAACAAUUAAAAUGAGAUCCCUAAUGUAUUAGAUUCCCCAAAAGCUUAAGAUAAAUAAGAUGAUCAAUAAUAAGAAGAAUAAUGA